CAGGUUACUACGAAGGCCGCACGAUCUUCGAAUCCCUGGACUUGGCAUGGUCCCUCCUGCGUAUCUUCCCCAAGGAAAUGCUCAACCGAAUUCCACAGAAGGUGCUGGCCGAGUAUUACCAGCGCGCCAAGGCGACAAGGGCGGGCGCUGCUGCGUCGGAGCCGGCUUCGUCUCAAGCUCAAUAAGGGGCAUUUGUAUGAUUAGUGGUUGUGUAUUGAAUGAUGAACUUCUUUUUCUUACCUUAUGUGUGACCGGGUGAAUCGAAUGGGUGUGCAUACGGUCGUUUGCGUGUUGACCGUCCAUCAUGGUCUUGGAGGGUGGGAGCCUUGCGAGUAGAAAUCAUGUAAAUGACAGCGCGAUGCUCACGUGAUGAAACCGUUCAGUUUAUCUCAACUUCUCGUCUUCCAACCCUUCAUGCUCUGCACACUUUCGCACCAGCUGCCUCACCCAUGUCUUCCCACGUCUCCAUCCUGUCCGAAAAAGCUCGGUUCAACUCUUCGUCUGGGUCUCGGGUUUUCUCGUUCUCACAGCACACCUGCGGAUGGAUGAGGCAGCUGUGCGUAGGCGACCUUGGUGUCGAACGGCGGGUGUCGAGUUUGGUUUCUCGUUUUUUCCCACUGGACUCUUACGAUGCGUUUAUAGAUCAGUCGAGUGUUGCGGUACCGCUGCCGCGGACAGUUGCGAUUGAAUGUUCACCGCCCCAUCCGGAUUUCAUCGUCGCCAUCCUCGGCUAUGCUUUUGAGAAGGUGGCGCGAGAUUUAGGUAAAGAGUUCGUAGUCCCGAAACUGGACCUGCCCCUAUUUGCCCUCGCGUGCAGAUCCGGGGAUGGCUCCCCAGAUUCCGAUAGAUUCGACCCGUUGAUCCAACUCGCCCUCGUCAGCAAACCGACCCUCGACAUCUAUAAUAUGAUGGGCCUGGCAGACGCCCAUUUGUAUUUUUUCGGAGCCACUGUGGUCGGCUUGACCGUAAGCCUUCGUGUCUUUGCUUUAUCGAAGUCCACCGAUGGGAGCUUUGCCGAGUACCAUCAUAAUUGCUUCAUGCGAGGUGACGUACCGAGCCGGUCCUCCACGCGGGGCCAAUCCCGACCUGAUGCGCACUCCGACGGCUUUUCCGAGGACUUUGACGGUGAAACGGAGGAGUGUCUUAAACUCCUGCGUGAAGCGCCUAAUAUCGUAGUCGUCAGCGGGGCAGGGGUCUCCGUCGCCGCAGGCCUGCCCACAUUCAGGGGAGACAAUUCAUUCCGGCGGUCUGACUGGGAAUACCCGGCCAACUUCAGCUCGAACGCGUUUUUAGUGCAGGUGCAAUACUCAAACCCAGCUGCUGCUACUCAGCUAGAUGGACCUCAGCUUCUGCUGAUAGUGAGAAAGAAGGGGAAAAGGACUGGGCUGGAGGCGGCUCAGAAAGAUUUGGAGAACCCAUUACGCGUCAAAUGGAAUCCGAUCCAUCUUGGUGACCUUAAUUUCAUGACAGGACGCCUAAAGCUGUUGGCCCCGAUGGUCGCUAUUUCUGAGGACGCUAUGGAGAAGCGGACAGAGCUGCUCAAGCUUGGGGUCCUUGAGGUCGUUUUGCGGGUCGUGGAGGGAGUGCGCGAUCUGUUGGAGGAUGACGAAGACGAGGAGGGUGACCUGCUCUAGGUCAUUGAGGGCGCCUCUUGCACACUGGGAACGUGGGCGGGCGUUGGUGGACGCUUUAGAGGAAAGGGUCGGGGAUGCGUACUGAGUACAAUAUGCAUCAAAUCUCAUCCUCAGCCGCAUCUGGUUAG